AUGUUGUGUCCACAGCCUGCAUACCACCCAGAGGGGAGCGCGCGAGCGUCGCAAUACCUCAUUAAUGUUAGAUAUGUCUCUUGCAGUUCCGAUGGACACCGUCACCGUCUAUCGGAGACUGGACAACCGGAACAUGCAUCAAGCAGCCCGACCAUCGAUCCUCAGCUUCUAGAAGAGGAUACUGAGUUAGAAACAUCCUCACCUGUCCACUCGGCGCCCAUUGCCCUUGCACGCGGUCACCGAAACCCCCUCUAUGCGGCGCGCGGCGGCCUUGCGCAUCGUAACCCUGGCCGGAAUGUUGCAACGGAGAACAACAAAGUGGACGACGCGCCAUACGCGCCAGACCCCUUAGCCGUGAAGGAUGAAUCCGAUCCACUCAGUUUGUUGAAGACCAGACAUGAAGACCUAGAUCUCGUGCAGCGACAGGCACGGCGAAUUGUGUUAAAUAUCGUAGGACAGCAAUUCCGCCUGGUUACGGGUGUUAGCAAGCACGAUAAAUGGCCCAAGUGGGGGCAACAGAUGCCGGGGAUGGCAGUGAAUUUUGAGGCGCGGGUUGAUGAGUCUGUCAACCCUGACCUACUCGUCCGGGUUGCUGAGGUCUCCAUGCAACAGUUGAAGAACCACUCCGUCAUCCAUGCGACAUGGAUGAAUGCCCCGAACGUCAAACUGACGUAUUCCCUACUGCGUGAAUGCGCGAAGACCAGCUUCCGGGGAUUCCGAGCGGCGUACAACAGCCAGGUCGAUCAAGAAAAGGCACGCCAGCGCAAAAAAAAUGAGCGAGCAUCACGAUGGCAAAAUCGGCGCAAUAAGAAAAGCGACAAUCUUUACAGCGUCGCUCCGAGGUACCUGGAAUUACAUGGUGUUGACCCAGGACACCUCGUUACGGCGGACUUGAUGUCUGAUGAAGCGAGCGGGCCUGAGGACGAUAGCAACGAAGACGCUGUUACGGAAUGGCGACGUCAGAUGGCUGAGAAGGCCGGGAUAACGGGGAAAUCUGAUUCGCAGCUGGCAAAGUUGAGCUUUUUUGAGGUGAUUAGACCAAACUGGCGAUCCAAUGAGUUGACAAAAAUACACCGCGAACUGGCGGAGAUCCAUAACAGCUCCCUGCAUCCCAAGUCGCUCCGGAUGAUGGUCGAACGUGUACGCGACACCGGACGUUCUAGUGACAAGAUCCCCGGUUACGCGCCUUUCAACUUUGGGGUCAACAUAGAAUGGUACGAGAGGAUGAAGGAGACUGACAGCAGGUUUCUAGGCGACUGGAUGAAGCACCCCGAUCCGCCUGGGUUUGGAGAGAACACCACACCAACGGAUGACGGCACUGGUGACCCCUCGGCAACGUGA